AUGCCACCAACAAACCCCCUCACCCUAAUAGUCGCGACGACACCGAUUCCUACGCGCGAAAAAACCCUCCUCGGAAUCGGGCUGAAUGGAACACUUCCCUGGCCGCGCAUAAAAGCUGAUAUGAGCUUCUUCGCGCGCGUGACAUCUCGGCCCCCGCGCCCAGGGACAACAAAUGCCAUGAUCAUGGGUCGAAAGACCUACGAUUCCGUGCCUAAGAGUUUGCGGCCGCUGGGGAAGCGGAUUAAUGUUGUUGUCACGCGGGAUGUGGCGGGUGUGAGUAAACGCGUCUCGGAGGAGUUGGAAGGGAAGAGGGCGAAGAUGGCCGCCGCCGCCGCUGCUACUGCGGCUACUUCUGCUGGCGAGAAUAAGGAGGAGGGGCCGGUUACGGAUGCGAUUGGGGGUUUGGGGAAUGUCUUUGUGAUUGGGGGUGCGGAGAUUUAUGCGGCGGCUUUGAGGUUGGGAGGUGAUCGACCAGUUAGGAUUGUCAUGACGAAUGUUGAGAAGAAGGGGGUGGAUGGGGAGAAAGCACAGUUUGAGUGUGAUACGUUCUUUCCGGUUGAUGAGGAGCUGCUCAUGGAGAAGGGGUGGAAGAAGGUGAGUGCGGAGGAAGUGACCGAGUGGGUGGGUGAGCCUGUCUCGGGGGAAUGGAAAGAUGAAGGCGAGGUUCGAAUUCAGAUGGUGGGAUAUGAACGGAUCUAUUGA